AUGACAAUUCAUAGAUCAAAUAGUGAAAGCGGUGGUGGUGGUGGUGAUACUAAUAAUGAUACUGAUAAUGGUUCUAUUACAAUUCCACCUGACAUUGAAUCUCCUCCUUCUUAUUUACCUUUAAAAUCUUUACAAGAGAGAUACCUUUUAAUGGAAAAAUUAGGUACAGGAUCAUUUGGUUCGGUAAUCUUAGCUAAAGCAAAUUUCAAUAUUUUAACUUUAGAUAAUUAUCAUAUUAGUUCAAAUUUUAAACAUACUAUGAUUAUUAAUAAUAAUAAUAGUAGUAGUAAUAAUAGAAAUAAUAAUUUAACUAGUGUUAUGACUAAAACUCAAAAUAUUGUUGCAAUAAAAACAAUGAUGACAAAAUUAAAUACUUUACAUGAUUAUACAAGAGUUCGAGAAAUUAAAUUUAUUUUAUCAAUACCAACAAAUAAACAUAUUAUUCAAAUUUUUGAAAUUUUUAUUGAUAAUUCAAAUUUUCAAUUGCAUAUUGUUAUGGAAUCUAUGGAACAAAAUUUAUAUCAAUUAAUGAAAAAUAGAAGACAUUGUUAUUUUUCAAUUCCAACUUUAAAAUCAAUUUUAGCUCAAAUUUUAGAAGGUAUUAAACAUGUUCAUUCAUAUGAUUUUUUCCAUAGAGAUAUUAAACCUGAAAAUAUUUUAGUUUCAACAAGUACAUCUUAUUUUGAUAAAAAAUGGUUAUCGAAAGGAUUUUAUGAACACAAUUAUGUUGUUAAAUUGGCAGAUUUUGGUUUGGCAAGAAAUGUUAAUAAUAGAAGUCCAUACACUGAAUAUGUUUCAACAAGAUGGUAUAGAUCACCAGAAAUUUUAUUAAGAAAUGGAUUUUAUUCAAAACCAAUAGAUAUUUGGGCCUUUGGUUGUGUUGCUGUUGAAGUUGCAAAUUUCAAACCUUUAUUCCCAGGUUCAAAUGAAAUGGAUCAAAUUUGGAAAAUUUUACAAGUAUUAGGAACACCAACAAAUAUCAAUUUAGAUUUAAAAGAUUAUAAUGAUGCUCCAGGCGGGAGAUGGGAUCAUAUUGAAAUUUUAGCUAAAAAUUUAGAAUUAGAGAUACCCUUUGUUCAAGGUAUAUCAAUUAAACCAUUCUUAUCAAGUACUCAAUUAAACGAUUUGAUUGAUGUUGUGAGAAAUUGUUUAUUAUGGGAUCCUAAGAAUAGAAUGACUGCUGAUCGUUUAAGUUCAAUGCCAUUCUUUAAAGAUACUUUAUUACAAACAGGUGAAGAAGAAAAUAUUAAUUGUGAUAUGAAUGAGGAUGAAUUAACAAAUAAAGAUCAAGCAAUGAUGUUUGCAGGUAUUAAACCAACUAUAAACAAUAUUAAUAAUAAUGUUAAUGAAAAUAAAAAUAUUAUUAAAGAAUUACAAUUUCAACCAAAAAAUUAUGUUCCCUAUGGCCCACAUCAAAUUUAUGACGGAGAUAAUUUAUUAAAUAGUAAUGUCAUUAAUAAUGAAGAAAUGUAUAUGGAAUUCGAAAGAGAUUCAAGUCCAUCCUUUGAAGAUGAUGAAGAUGAAAAUAAUACAUUUGAUGAGAGUGGUACUAGUGGGAAUCAUAGUGUACAAGAUCGUAUCUUACCAACAAUGGAGUUUGACCCUGAACAAGAACAAGAAUCCAAACAUCAUGAUAAUGAUGAUGAAGUGACUAAUAAUGUGACACGUUUAUUAUCUUCGUAUAAGAUAACUAAAGGUAUUCCUACUAGUGAUUAUUUUACUCCAGAUGAUGGAAUGACAAAUUUGAGAAAAAUUUCAGAAGAUAUUGAUAUUAUUGCAAAAGAAAAUUCUGAUUUUUUUAAUGAUUAUGCCAUGGAGACACCAUUAUUAAACUCUGGUAAUCAUUCCUCUAAUCAAAAUAGUAAUAAAGAAGAAAAUUGUAAUGAUAUAUUACAAUUUGGGUUUAACAAUACUAAUAAUGAUGAAAGAGAUCAUGAUAAUAGAAAAUUAAAAAAUCAUCAAACAUUUUUCACUAAUGGUGAUCAUAGAAUAUCAUCAGAAUAUGAUCAUAGUCAAAUUAUAGGUAAUGAAUCAAUUGAUUUUACAUUUAAACAAGCUACACCUCGAUUAUAUUUCAAUACAGAUGGAUAUGUUAAUGAUCAAAUAACUUGUUCGAAUGAUGGUAAUGACAAUAAUAUUAGUAAUAAUUGGUCUAAAUUUGGUAAUCAGCAAUAUCAACAUCAACAUCCUCACAUUAAUAAUAAUAAUAAUAGUAGUAAACCAGAAAGAAAUUCGAAUACUUUCUUUGGAAAUAUAACAUUUUAA